UGAAGUGUGAAUCCGUUAUCUCAUCAGUAUUCAUCAGGUUUCAGCAGGACACAAUCUCCAGUUUAAAGCUUCUCAGUCUUUCUUCAAGGAACUAAAAUCACAGCAGCUAAACUUCAUGGCUUCCUCCAGCAGUGUCCUGUGUGAAGAUCAGCUCCAGUGCUCCAUCUGUCUGGAUGUGUUCACUGAUCCAGUCUCUACUCCAUGUGGACACAACUACUGUAUGAUCUGUCUCAAAGAGUUCUGGGACAGCAGUUCACACUGUCAGUGUCCAGUGUGUAAGGAGGAAUUCCCUAAACGCCCUGAACUACGUGUCAAUACGUUCAUCUCUGGACUGGCUGCUCCAUUUAAGAAGUCAGUUCAGGUGAAAUCCAGCAGUGCUGCAGAAAAACCCACCCAAUCUCUGGUGCUCUGUGAGCUCUGCUGUGAAAAGAAAUGUCCAGCUGUGAAGUCCUGCCUGACCUGUAUGACCUCUUACUGUGGGACUCACCUGGAACCUCACAGGACAGUUUUGUCAUUAAUGAAGCACAAGCUGAUGGAGCCUGUGGAGAACCUGGAGGACUACAUCUGCCAGAAACAUGAGAGACCCCUGGAGCUGUUCUGUAGAGACGACCAGAUAUGUGUCUGUCGGUUCUGUACUGAAGGAGACCACAGAACUCACAACACUGUUCCUAUAGAGGAGGAGAUUAAAAAGAAGAAGACUGAGAUGGAAAAGACACGAGCAGAAGUUCAGCAGAUGAUCCAGGAGCGACUGAUGAAGAUUGAAGAAAUCAAACACUCUGUACACUGUAAAAAAUGAUUUUGGUGGAAAACCACAGAGAAGGAGAAAGCAGAUGUUGUGGAGAUCUUCAGUGCUCUGAUGAGCUGCAUUGAGAGAAGACAGGCUGAACUGCUUGGGGCGAUGGAGGAGAAACAGAAAGCAGCAGAGAGGCAGGCUGAAGAGUUCAUUAAAGAUCUGGAGCAGGAAAUCACUGAGCUAAAGAGGAGAAACACUGAGCUGGAGCAGCUCUCACACACUGAGGAUCACCUCCACCUCCUACAGGUCAGAGUCCCUCUAUUUACACUGUGCAGCCCUCCACACACCCAGCACUGGACUGAUGUCACUAUUAACUUUCGUCUGAGUGUGGAGACUGUGAGGAGAGCUCUGUCUCAGAUUCAGGAGACUCUCAGUGAGGAAAUGGAGAAGCUUGAUGAGACUGAACUGAAGAGAAUUCAACAAUAUGCAGUGGAUGUGACUCUGGAUCCUGAUACAGCGAAUCUUUAUCUCAUCCUGUCUGAUGAUGGGAAACAAGUUACAGAUGGAGAGACAGAACAGAAUCUCCCUGAUAACCCAAAGAGGUUUGAUUUUUGUGCCUGUGUGAUGGGAAAGGAGGGAUUCUCCUCAGGGAGAUUUUACUAUGAGGUUCAGGUCAGUAGGAAGACUAAGUGGGAGUUAGGAGUGGCCAGAGAGUCCAUUAAUACAGAAAAGGAGAUUACAACCAGUCCUGAAGAUGGAUAUUGGUGUAUUUCCUUGAAAAAAAAAAAAAAGUAUUUUGCCUACGACUCUCCUCCUGUCUCCCUUUCUUUAAAACAGGCUCCUCAGAAGGUGGGGGUGUUUGUGGAUUAUGAGGAGGGUCUGAUCUCCUUCUAUGAUGUUGAUGCAAAGUCUCAUAUCUACUCUUUCACUGGUCAGACUUUCACAGGGAAACUAUAUCCAAUAUUCAGCCCCUGUACUGAUGAUGAGGGUAAAAAUUCAGCACCACUGUUUAUCUGUCCCGUAUAUAAAUAGUUCUGAAUUUGAAAUUUUAUUUUCAUUCAGUCUUGUUAGCAUCAUAAAACAAUUGUCUCUUGCUUCAAAGGAAGUUUAAUCUCACCUGAUUUACUAUUUCAAUAUAUUCUGUUAUUCAAAUCUAAUAUUUAGAUAUAAUUGUUAGUCAAACAUUAGUUUGUGAAUAUGAAUAUUUCUUUAUUUUUUUUCUUAAUCAGCAUUAAGGAAAUGGUCCAUAUCGGUAAAUGUAAAUAUAUGCAAGAAAAUAUACACAAGCAGAUAUUAUUACUAAAUGAUGGACUCCCAUUACUCUGAACAGUAUAACAUAAAAACAAGUGGAAUAUCACACUGUAACAUUCAGCAUGUGUCAUAAUUACACACUAACCUCAUCACUCACUAGCUUUAAACAUGAUUAUAGCUUAAUUGUUUUUUUAAUGAAUCAUUGUUAUUUUGGUGUAAAAUAACAUUGUUAAGUAGACCUUUAAUCGACAAUUUCCCAAGUUUUUUGGGUGAGCUGAUGCUUAAAAAUCUAAAAUAAGAAAAGUAAAACUAAAUAAAUAUGAAACUGUACAAAAGGUGAGCAGGGCUUUUCAAUAAUAUGAGCAUUUUAGUGGUAGUUUACAUAUAUUACAUAUAUUUUUAAACCUGUUGGCAUCUCUCUUAUUCCUGUUCCCGAUUUGCACACAGCACUACAUGUAGCUGACCUAAUAUUGUGUUUCAAGGUGAUUGCCUGUGAUGAUAAUCUUGUGAAAGAGAAAUGAUUUUCAUAUAUGAACUGAACACUACAGAGGUUUGACCUUAACCCCUGUCAAAGUCUUCCCAAGGAUGGGAUGGAGAAGACUUACAGAGCAGCUCAACUCUUUAUUCUAGUUAUUGACUAUACGAUAAUAAGAUAAUGCAGUGCACGUCCUUGAGUAACUUUUUAGUAGUUUUACUGCACCAUACUUUUUAUUUUUACUUGAGUAGAUUUGUGAAGAAGAAACACUACUCAUAUAUAACUAGUGUUGCUGUUGUAGGCAGGGGCACUCUGGAAAGGUAAAGCUUUGUGUAAUAAAAGCAUUUGCAAAUGCAACAUACGGCUUGAGGAAGACGUACAUAAAAACUGUUAUCAAAGACUCUGUGCACUCUGUGGUCUGUCUCAUUUGAGAUGGACAGUGGGACAUUGAAAACAUAUUUUGUCAGGAAGACAUUUUUAGGACUGAAUGUAUUUGAGAUAUUGUGGGGUAAAGGACCUGUCAAGGGUCCAAUAGUGGCAGCCUGGAGCCAUCAGUACUUGACCCAGGAACCUCCUGACCAGCAAUCUAAUGCCUUACCACCAAGCCACCCCUGCCCCCAUUGUUGAAUUAUAAACUGCAAAUAAUGGCCUCAAAGACCCUGUAUAAUAGAGCAGCUGAAACCUUGCAAAACGGAAAAAUGGAGGAAACUCCCACUAGAUAAAAGUGACCACUUGUCUCAGUGCCCAAAUGGUUAAAAAUAUAAAAAAUUAAUUGUGAUGCUACACUCAUUGGUAGUCCUUCAACUGUCCCAACUUUUUCGAAGGAUAUUGUAACCAGCAGAAUUGAAUUGAGUGUAUAUUUUCAACAACCAAUUAUUUUUAACAAGUUUUUAAUAUUGUAUAUAAUUAAGAGACUUUACAGAUUACUUCUUUUUGGUUGAAUUCUCCCAUACUUUCCCAGCUUUUUUUUUUUGGAUGUUGGAUAUCUGAUUGAAUACUGCAAACCUCCUCAUAAGGUAAAAGUUAACACAAGUAGUCUCUAAUAAAGUCAAAAUGUUGCUAAUACAAACUAUCUGGAAUAAAAAAAAAUAAACAGAUAGAAUAUUAUUUUAAAAAGGUAAAGAUAAGGAUUUGUCAGUGGAAUGUUUUGGAGAUUGUGGCUUUUAUGAAAACUCACGUCUGCAGUGGGAGAAAUAAAAGUGUUUGCUAUUAGAGUGAGUUUUAUCCCAUCAUGGUGACUUGCAGAUUGAAACAUCAAAACAUUUCAUUUUAGAUCACUAAUAAACAUUUUGGUGUGUAUUGUUGAGAGAAGACUUUAGAUAUGUUUUAUAUUAACUAACCUCUGUUUAUUUGUUUUGCUUUCAUUUUUGUAGUUACACAUCGGACUAAAUUACCUGAAAUUUUAUUUUAAAACAUGGCUUUAAAAAUAUAUGUUUAAUUGUGGUCUUACAGAAAAGUUAGGAUGGGAAAACAUAAAAGAUAUCAUCAGAUUGUAGGUCUAAGUAUUAAGCAAAACCAACUUCAGACAAACAACAUUUCUUUUUUUUUUCUACGCCAUUGUUUAUUUAAUAAUUAGAGCUGUGCUUAAGCAAACUGUUGUCCAGGGGUGUUGAUUUAUGAUUGUUUAACAUCCACAGGACCUGGACACCUUACAGUUACUGAGCUGACCUUAAGCUCCUUUGUAUACCAGAGUAUUCUUAAGAUUUGUUUCAGUGUUGGACACACACACACACACACACA